AUACUAUACUAGCUUCCUUUGUUCAUUCAAUGGCCAAAAUAUAUCCAGAAACACUCAAGAACUCUUCUUCUUCUUCUUCUUCUUCUUCGUCUUCGUCUUCGUCUUGUUAUGUGACAUCCACAAGAGAAACAUUUACUAUAUGGAUGAAAUCCCUAGUGUAUCAUGGAAAUGGUUGUACUGUUUUUAAUUCUAAAGGUGAUAUUGUUUUUAGAGUUGAUAACUACCAAGAAAGAAAUAGUAAUGAAGUUUUCCUCAUGGAUCUUAGUGGACAAGUUCUCUUCUCUAUUAAAAAAGAGAGACUAAGAUUACUUGGUAGGUGGAGUGGAUAUUUAAGUGGUGGAUUUAAAGGAAAGCCAUGGUUUCAAGUGAGAAGAAAUUGGAAGUAUUCAAAAGGAGAUGUUAUUUGUGAUGUAAAUUUAGGGUGUGAUAAAUCUAUAGGAAGUUGCUAUAAGAUUCAACAAAUCGACAAAAAAUCAUCAUUUAAAAUCUCAAAUAAUACUGGUCAACUUGUCGCAAAGGUAAAUCAAAAGCAAUCAUCAAGAGGAUUUGGGUAUGGUGAUGAUGUGCUAACUCUAGAAGUGGAACCUCAAGUUGAUUACUCAUUUAUUGUGGCUCUUGUGACAAUAUGUGGUUUGAUUAAACACAAAUUAUAAAGAGCACAAUUAGUCUAAAAUUGACUAUUGCAAGAUAUAAUC